AUAUUACCCAGGAAAAUCGAAGAGACGACAAGACAACGCAAUACAAGUAUGUUUUGAAAUAACAAAUGCCACCGUGAACAGUGAAAACUAAGACGAUUUGUGGUCAAUCAAUCUACUUAACGUUAUAUUUGAAAAGAACUUAACAGAAAGAAGAUGGAGAUGAAUGAUCUUAACCAUGUGUUGGAUUCUCUGGCUGAUUGGAAACAUAUUAUAGUGCGAGCUGAUUCCUGGUUACGAUGGGAAGAAGAUUCCUACCCUUACAUCAUGUGUGCUUCUAUCACUCUAUUCUAUAUCUUGAUGUGGUUGAUCCAGCCAUCUCUCCUCACCACCGUGUCUCUUAUCAUCAUGACAGUGUGCCUUCUAGAUUUCCUGGUACCGAGUGUCUUCAAGGAGUACUUCAAUAAACAAGCAUGGUCAGAAUACAAUCAGAGGAGAUAUGAAAAAUGUUGCAGUACUCUGCUUAACAUACAGAAUAUGACCACAUCCACUGUGAGAUGGAUUCUAAACCUAAGAGAAAAGAAGCCAAAAUAUUAUUUUUUUGGAGCCUCAUUGAUACUUCUAACCAUUGCAUUCGUAGGCAAUUCCAUCCCAGGCCUCUUCCUAGCAUAUUUAUCAACUCUGUUUAUUGCUCUCCUUCCUGGUCUGAUGUACUAUGGAAUCCUAGCCUCAUGGUAUGCUAUGUUUCUUGAGGUAUUCGUCAAUCUUCUCAAAGGACACAAAAAGAAAGAUUAAUUUCUCUCAAGUCGGCAUGCGUGUAAUUUGAGCUCCUGGUAGACAAUUUUGUUGAACUGUGUUUGUCAAUACAUGAUGUGCACACUCUAGUGGAAAUAGUGGAAAGACUAGUGGAAAUAAAUUUGCUCUUCACAGCCACCACACCAGUGAAUUUUGGAAACCAUGUUUGUCAGGAGCACUCGGGAUCCACAGAAAGAAGGAAUCAUUCCUUGUGAACCUUCAUAGGUGUAGUUGCGGUACCUGGAUGUUUGGGAGUGUUUCAUGACACAAAAUAGUUGGUAAUUUUCAUUUAAUAUUGUAAUAAGCUAAUGCAAAUCCUUGUAUCUGAUUGGCUGAGAUCAACUUAGUCAGUGAAAAUCACUAACAAAGCUUUCUUUGAAACACUCCCCUGAUCAGACAGAAUAUUGGAGGGGCAAAUUAUCAUAUUAAUAACAACUUGCCCCCCCCCCCCCUCAAUCGUUCAAUCAGAAUAUUCCAGCAUCACUAUUGUGUAAUCAGUCAGUGGCACUGGAAAGGGUUUAUAGAUUAAAACUUAAUGUGGUAAAGCAUUCUUUGUUAAUAAUCAACCAUAGUUUGCCCCUCCCAUGCUUUGCUCAAACCUUUCUGACUGUAUUGUACAACUCUUUUAUAUAUGCAUUGAUUCGUAAGCACUACCACCAUGACAGCAUGAAAACUGCAUUUGUCAAUACACUGAAAAGAUGCUGAUAGAAGAAGUUUAGUUUACUUUUAAUCUUUGAACACCGGCAAGAAGUCUUGUGAGUGUGGUACAGUGAUGCUCUUACAUUGUACAAAUCUUUGGAGAAAAAAAAAUUGGUGCUCAAUCCUGCAUAUACAGGUAUAUAUUGAUCACCUUUUAAUGUGUGAUGUUUUAAAAGAUAUAUUUUGAUGCCCCCUCUCCUAGAUUGAAUGUAAAAUAUUUAAUUUGUAAUAUUUUAUUACAAAUUAAACAUUCAUGAGCUGCUUAUGUUGAAUUUUUACAUUAACCCGAGUUCCUGAGUUUAUGAUAUCAAUGGCAAACUCUUGGCUUUGCUUGCGAAGACCCUAAGGAGUUCAUAUUUUCUUUAUCUAACAUCAAUCAAUUUAAGGGCAAAGAUGUACAAUUAUCAAGGGAACAGUUUAUUUAUACAAACAAAGAUAUCAAUAUGAUAUUACUGCACAGGCCCACAGAGUAGUAAAAUAUCUCACAUACAUGCAUAUAGGUAUUAUUACAGGGUUAUUUCAAAUGUUGUUUGAUGAAGAAAGGACGACGAAAUGAUUUGUGGCAUUUGUAUAUUAAUCUCAUUCCCUGCUGUGGAGAUUGCUUAGAGGAUUUUGAUAACAGUUUGAUCCAGAUUUUUGGUUUGAACAAUGAUUGAAAACGUAAAAAAUUUGAUUCUUUCUUUGAGGUUUGCGACUUAGACAGUAUUGCAACACUUUGGGUAAUAUUUGUACAUGAUAGCCCUUAGUGGUUGUCAAUAUUCUUUGAUUUUUCAACACACAUAAUGUUCAUAGACAAUAAAAAACAUGGUGUAUGGUCUACAUGUAUGGCACACUGUAUUGCAAAGGUUUUGUAUAGAUUUUCCAGUUCAUGAAUCAUGCACUUUUUGUGUAUUGUUGGACAGGAUAGGGAAGGAGGAAGUACCAGAGUGCACUGACAUUUUCAUGAUCAGUAUAUCUGUCUAGUAUCUUAUUCAGCAAUAUCAGUGCAGAACUUCCUACCCACUUUCAAUCAAUAGCAAUCUAUUAGCUGCUAACCGUUAUAUUGUUAUUUUGGAAGGGUGUUCCCUAAUUUGUGGAGGGUCGUGAACCUUGCAUUACUUUCAGUUGGUAUCAUCUGAAAAAACAAAGAUUUGGGUACGUUAACAGAAAGCUGUGUCUAUAAGCAUGGUUAGUAGUUGGCAUUAUUCACAAUGGCUCUCUUAAAUUCCCAGUGGUUAAAAUGGAAGUGUGAAAAUGAAAAAGAUGCUGAGAAUGAUCCCUACUUUGAAAUGCAGCUAAGACUUUUGAUGGCCUCAGUAUGGUUUGAGUUACAUGGAUCUGUGUUGUUGACCAGGGCUUACUGAGCAAAAUGAAUGCUUAUUUCUGAAAAGUUGCAAAUGAAGCAAAAA